AUCGUGAUGGUCAAGAGACAAUAUUCGAAUAUGACUUCGUUAGUUCUGCGAGAUUUCUGUGCACGACAGCCGCAGCAGACGCUUCGCCAGCACCAGGACGCCAAUAAUAAUGAUAGCAAUCAUGAACUUUUGAUUCAUCCGAAUAUGAAUUUAAGUAAAUCCAAAAAAGGUGAUAAAUAUUCCUUGAGGCCAAGAGGGUCUGAACAAGUCAAUUCUAUUACUAGCUGUUUAACGAACAAGUCCAAUCGUGGUGGCAGCGGUAAGAGCAAACAAAAAGCGGCUCCUCUGAGUAAGUAUCGACGGAAAACAGCAAAUGCACGCGAACGAACCAGAAUGCGUGAAAUAAAUUUAGCGUUUGAAGCUUUGCGAAGUUGUGUGCCGCUCACCGCGGCAGCUAGAAGGGCUCAAAAUUCGUCUAACGCAAAUGAAAAAUUAACAAAAAUCACGACUUUGCGACUUGCCAUGCAGUACAUCGCUGCGUUAAGUGGAGCUUUGCAACAAAAUCAAAUCCAGGAGGAAGAACAAGCUAUGUCAUCAGCAAGUUCUGCCCAAAGUCCUGGUUCAUCUUGCAAUACAGAUGCUUUGAGAGAUUUCGAUCUGUCUGAUGCCUCAUCUCAAGAUGCGCUUUUUCUGGCUUGGUUAUGCAAGAUUUUGAUGAUUUAG